GGGACUCCUGCAAAUCCCGAUGGUCUAACGUCACCCAAUCCUCCAAAACCCAUCGCACGUUGUAUGCCUCCUCGCCGCCUUUUAUCUGACAAUCUCUACGAGCGUCGGCGCCUUAAUCGACCCCGCAAGGCGAGCAUCCUUCUUUUCAUCCCUCUUCCUCUCUUCUGUUUUGUCCGAAUCAUUGUACCUUUCUCACCUUUCUUUUCUUUCUUUUCUUUUCUUUUUUUUCUUCUUUCUCCUACUUGGCGCUUGUCGUCCUGUGGCUUCAUCCUGACCUCGCUCCCGCCGCCUUUUCUCGCUCAGACCGAAGCGAUCGUUGCCCUAGUCAACUGCAUAUCGGUGGGGUUGGUUUAUUUUAAGCAGCCUCGCCUCAUUGGACUCCUCCCGUGUUUCAGGGACGGCUGGAGGUUGAUGUGGCCUCGUUCCUGAUCCGAAACGUCCUCUCGACGUCAACUCUCGACGGGCCUUUUGGGGUAAAAUAACAAAAAGUGAAAAAAAAUAAAAAUAAAAAUAAAAAGUAAAACAAUAAAAAUAAGGGAAAGCCAGACAAAAAGGAUAGUCAUCCUUGCUCGCAAUCGUCGACGAUCGACAGGGUCAAAAAGUCUGCGACGCGAGCCAUGACAACUUUUCUUCCUGUCAACAUCAACCAUACGGGCGCGGAGAUAAAAAUGGAUUUUCAGCAGAAAAGUCCAUCCACGCCAUUCUUGCCUCGCAUGGAACGGCCCGUCAAGCGCGAGGCCCAGGAGCAAUCCCAGACUGGAAACGCGACCGGAACCCAAAGUGACAACAACAAACGCCCUGCCGUGGCCGGAGGCACGAACGACCAUAACAAGUCGAAUCUUUCGCACCCUCGUCCGGUUUCGAAUGGAAACGCGAGUAGCGAAGGGUCGUCAACGCAGUCUUCUGCACCUGAGGAUGUACCGGCGCAUGAAUCGGAAGGCGAACACUAUGGAAGCGAGAACGAAGCGGAUCACGGGGAGACCGCUCCUCCAUCGAAGAAGAAAAAGGGCCAGCGGUUUUAUUGUAAAGAUUUUCCACCUUGCAAUUUGAGCUUCACGAGAAGCGAGCAUCUCGCUCGUCACAUAAGGAAACAUACAGGAGAGAGACCGUUUCAGUGCCAUUGCUCGAGGCGCUUUUCACGCCUAGAUAACCUUCGACAGCAUGCACAGACGGUCCAUGUCAACGAAGACAUUCCUGGCGAUUCCCUUGCUGCCACAGGAACUCGAUUUCAACGCCAGAUUCGAACCGACCGAGUACGCCCACCAGGGAGAGCCCGUGCUGGGACUGGUGGUAGCCAGGGUGGUCAUAGCCGUGGACAUAGCAGGAAUCUAUCUACGUCCAGUAUCGCUUCCACGGUGUCAUCUUUCAGUCAGACCCAGGAGCUCCGGCGCAGACCACCGCCACUAAUGAUGGCGAACGACGGCAAUGCAAGAGCCAGGCUAUCUCUAGAAACAGCCUCACCACCAAAGACCCCUCCUCAGCAGAUCCACCCCUUCCAGGGACCAUCGCCAAACACAGCCCUCUUUACACCGUCGUCAGCGAACUACGAUACAGCGAGCCCUUUCUACGCAUCUCCAGCCUCAACCACAGGAUUUUGGGGAGAUAGUAUACAUUCACGCCGCCUGUCCGUCCCCACAGACAGUCGACCAUUCGACCCUUCUCAUGCGAGCUCGUUCUCGCCUGUACACCUUAGACAGCUUGCACCCGCACACGGGCCAUAUCCUAACAAUGAAACUCCUUUAGGUGGUCCAUCAACUCCUCAUACACCGCAGACUGCUCAAGGAAUAUCCCCUUCCGACUCUGACUGGCGACGGAGGACCUGGCACCCAAGCACCGGGUUCGCUCGACCAAUAACCAGUGGUCUCUGGUUCCAGCAGUCUGCAGAACAGACCCCGUCCGCGUACCCGGUCAAUUUACAACCAUUGCAGAAUCAAAACCCACCGAGACUGCCGGGGAUCGAGAGUUUUGAUCAAAUGCAGCAGAGCCCGUUAGCACCGCCCCGGCGCGAGCCUACGCCCAUGCAGAUCGACCGUCCUCCUGGUCAGGUAGAACAGCCCAUUCAACAACAACAACAGCAGCAGCAGCAGCAGCACCAACAAGCUGGUGCUCCCCCAUUUCCAACUUCUUUCGAUGCGCAGACGCCAGCGGCACGACCACAGCCCCCCAUUUCAGGCCUCGGUCACCGUAGAGGAUUUCUUUCCUUGGACCUGUCGCUUCACAGAAAUUUAACCAAACUUGAUCUUCGUGAGAGUCCUCCUCAGAAGAACGCUGGCCAAUGGAGUCAACAGACAACCCAUCCACAAAGUGCCGUAACCAGCCAGCAGGAACCUGCUUCAGUUUCGUCCGCUGCUCCCCCUGCUCCGGUUCAAGCUUUACCUCCCAUUGCGCCCAAGGAGCCGCAGCCUAUUGCUGAUGCUACCAAUGCGAAUGAUCAUACCAAGAGACAUACUUGGUUCAUCACUUCGUCUGCCGACCCUUCACACUCGAAUGUACCGGUUACUAGGGCCCCUUCUUCCCACCCAAAGACGUCUGAAAGCGUCCAGGCCACCCCAAAGGCGAGCGUCGACUUCCUCGCAACCGUCGCACAGAACGAAAGCGAAGCGGAACGUCGGCGUUCACUCGCUAUUUCAGAUCUUAGUAGCGAGAAUCCCCCGCAGCCGCCUAGGUAUACAUUUGAUGCUAGUUCUGAGCCACGUUCUGGAGUCUAUCCUGGUCCGGCCACUAAUGAUCCUGGACUGGGACGACUUGAGGCACUUGUUGCUGUUGCCACGAGCGAAAGCAGCGGUAGAAUGUUUUGAUAACAUUCGAACCUUCGAACCACUCACGAGAUAUCUGUUUCCACCGGUGUGAAUGUCAGAAAGUUAUGCCGUUGAUUCCAUACGAACGAGUACACGACGCUUGGCUUGCCUCGGCUAUAUAGCCUUGGCUGCUCUCUUUUUAUUCCUCUGGUUUUUUUUUCCCCCUUGAUCAGUUCAGUUAGCUCUUUGCAAGUCGUUUCCCAUGGCCAGAGAUACCCUACUAUCGUUUACCUAAUGCCUUGCUGAUCGUCUUUUAUCUUCAAUUUUUUUUUUUUCCCCCCUCCUGAAUCACUUAGAGCUUCUUGUUUUGAGGCAGGUUCACUCCACAUUAUUCCCGAAGGUCCUAACACAAUGACAAUGACCCCUCUCCACUUUUCCUUUUACUGAGCUGAGAGCAGGCGGGUUCACUGGUGACCGCUUUGUCCCCUGAUUAUCUAGGAUCCUGGACAUUUUUUAUCAUCCACGCUUUCUUUUAUGGUCAUGAGCACAUGAGCGGAUAUGUGAGGAAAAUGGGUCAAGGGAGUAUGUAUGCUUUUGUAUUGUUUUCUCUUCUCACUUUGUUUUUUUACACAGUGUUUUUCAUUAUUAUUAGUUGUUAUUAUCAUUGCGUUUUUUCUUUACUUCAGAUGCUUGGCUUAACUUCCUCUUUCUUUUCUCUUACUUUAUGCCUUUUGUGUUUUCCCGUAUUCUGUGACCUUUAGUUUUUGAUUUUAUUUUAUUUUAUUUAUUUGUUUUUCCGGUUCUGUUUUGCGGAUGGGAUUGACGAUGAUGACAUGACUUUACGGCCGCAUAUAUGUUUGUCAUAUACUCGAAAUGAAGAUGUUACACAUGAUUUCUAGGCAGUCCAC